AUCAAUCAAGAACAAUAUUAAGAAGAAUUUCUUAAACCCUAGUUUAUCCUCUCAACUCCUAAUUUCUAUUCUCUCCUAAUCCAAGGCCUCGACCGAUUCCUAAUUCUAUUAUGUUCUUUUUCAUCUAAAUCCCUAAUUCUUUCUCUCAACCCCUAAAUCCCUAUUCAAUACGAGUAAUCGCGGGUGUCGAAAAUCAGUCCCUAGAAUCCAUAGAAGCGGGGUUCUCACACACUAAGCAAUUCAUGAUUUACUUAGACGUCCGCUUUCACAUGUUCUUUGCCAUGAACUGUUUAUUAUCAAUAACUCGAGUCGUCGGGUUGAGAGAGAUAUAAUUAAUCUCUUGUAUUGUUUACUUGCAUGCUCCCUUAUAAGAAAGUCAACUUAUACAGAAUUGAAGUUUGCACAAAUAUGAAUACCGUGUGUUUAAGAAGUGAUGAGAUCGUCAAACUCAAACACAAAACUUUUCGAUCAACUAUUCUUCGUGCGGUAAUGUUCGAUCUCGCUUAUCGAUUGUACCUAAUUUAACCAUUUUCCUUCCGAAUCUGGGUGAGUCCCGAGACCCACCCUGUUAUACUCUCUCUUCACCACUAAGUAUAGGGCUCCCAUCGGGAGGGGAGAGGGUGAAAGGGAGAGGCCAGGGGUUCGAGAGAUUAUACCCUCUGGAACUCGAAACUCCAGAUUCACCUCAUCGCGCUCGUCAGUCUCCUCGGAGUUGUAAUCAUCGACAACUGUAGCGUCGACGCCGAAUUCCUCAUCUUUGGACUCAUCAGCACUUGGAGCCACCAAGAUCUGUCCAUCUAAAUGGCGGUCCUUAACCCCUUAAACACCGAGUGGGGAGAGAGGGAGGACGAAGGAUGAAUGAAAUGACAUAAGUAAAAGGAAGGGUAACAGAGAGAGAUGAAUCAGAAAGAGCUGUGAUGACAUAUUAAUGAAGACGCGAAACAAUAUAUGAGGAGAAGGGAGGUGGUGGCAGAACCGGCGAGGAGGGGGUGAUUAGACAUCGGAAAGAGAAAGAGAAGGAGGAGACGCUGACCUUCACCGACUAGGGACGUGGCAGCGGGGUGGUUGCUGUGGUGGCGAGGACGAAAAGAAUUUAUUAUUUAAUAAUUACAAUAAUGAAGUGAAAAUUUUAAUUUUUUUUAAUUGCUACAACUACGAGAAUUGACUAUUGUAAGCAAAAAUUAACAAAAAUAGACGGAGAAUAUUCAUUGAUGGAACGAGAGUAUAAAGUUAGUGACAAAAAUGUAAUUUAGUGAUCAAACAUCAUUUCUUAGUAAUCCCCAAUUCCCCAUUACCAAUAGUCCAACAUUGCAAUUUAUCCAAGAUAAAUAUAUAUAAAAAAACAGAGUAACGUGGAUUGUGGUCCUGUGGAGCGCACAAAAAAACCGGGAAAAGUAAAAAUUUGGAAAUAGAACCAAUUUCCAAAAACUUACCCUAGCAUCCCUCCCUCUUCCUCGAGAGCCGUCUCCUUCUACCGUUCCCGAAAUCCAAACUCCAAACCCAUCGACAUUCGACCGUCGCAAGGGAUCGUCGGAGCUCCAGAGUUGCAGGCCCGCUGCAAGGGCCUCUCCGUUGGGGCUCGCACUCUCGCGGCUGCGACUCUGUGAUAUCUCUGUUCUCCAGUCAUCCUGCUGCCGUCCCCCCAGCCGCCGCCCACCUCUCCUCGUAUUCUGUCCAGGUAAUAGAUUGCUGCCCCGUCUUGAUCCUCCUUCAAUUCCUUCCCCUCUAGAGUCGUCACCGUCAGAACUAUAGAUGAAAAUCGUAGAAUGCAAAUGCGUUAGGUUUUCCAUGUGACAAAUGAACUACCAUGGCUUCUUCUAGGAUAGGUUAAUCCUUGAAAGUUUCGGCAAAUUGGGUGUUAGUUGUGGCUUUAAAUUACUCUUUACAGCUGUAUUGAACUGUUAGUAUUUCUUCCCUUCAGGUAGAAGAAUAGAGUGCAAAGACUGAUGGUUAGUUUUACCUGGAGAGACGCUCUGGUUGGCGGCGAGACUAAGCGCCCUGUUCUUUCGCUUGUGCGCACAAACUAUGAUAGUAAGUUUGAUGAAUGCAGAUAACUAUCAGACACUUGUGUGUAUCGGUCAUUGUGCGACACACUCGAUGCCCGAGUGAGACUAGCUACCGACAAGACUAGUACUCCGUUCAGAGGCAGAUUCUCGGCAAAGAAGCUUCGGGAAAUGGAGCGGCUGCAUUGGAUGAAAGGGCCUAAACCUGUGCGCAAGAGCUGUCUGGGGCAUUUUGUGACAACUGGAGAUCCACUUCCGAUCAGGCCCAAAGACUAUCCGGUGCGAUAUAGACUGAAGAGUUGCGAGAGGAUUUCAAUGAAAGGUGGACCUGAAAAUAUCGCUAAGUUGAAGGAAUUACUGAAGAAUCAAGGACCAUUCAUCGGUUCUUUCUAUUUGCGUAAAGAUUACACCAAGAAAACUGGUGUUUAUUUCGCUGUUGGAGCCGAUGGAGCGAUAAAUCGUGAAGAAAUGCCACCGCGGCAUCACAAGAACCUUAUUACACUACAUCCUCCCAGUCGCAAGCAUCACAAGCCACUCCCACCGUGCAAGUGACUCCUACUGUGCAAAAGACUCCUACUGUGGAAGGGACUCCAGAACCGCCUACCUAUACACACGCUGUUUGUGUAGUUGGGUACAAAAAGGAAGAAGGGAUCGACUGCUUUGAAGUCCAAGAAAACCAGGGAGUGAAUGCAUGGAAUGGUGGGUUCAGAUUUGUUGCAGAGUCUGCCUUUAUAGCUGCGUAUGUGCCUGUGGUGGUAAGAGACUCGUGUACCCUUUAAUCUUUAUCUAUUUCAACGUAGCUAAUUUGCAUGCAAAUGCAAGUGGAGUAAAGCAACAUAUGGGCAAGAAAGGUCACUUUCCUGAAGUUAUUCUAAUGCACUUGAUCUGUUUUUUAGUGGAAUUUCUCCCCUUUUCUUUUUAAAUUGUUCUGUCGCCACUGGGCAGUGGGUGCCUCAAUUGUUGAGUUUUUUUACUUUGGCCCCUCCCUGUCUCUCUCUUCUUCUUUCCCCACCACUCAUUCCAUAAUGUUUAUAACUUUCAUUGGUAUUCUUGUCACAGGAGGAAAUCCAAUCAAAUGAAGUUGUGGACAUCUCUAAAUAGAAUGGUAAGUUUAUUUUUCAUCGCACUUGGUGCUGAGCAGGACACUAUUUUGUUCCUUUUUGUUUCCAUUUGGUUGACUUGAUCAGGCUAGUUCUAGAUUUGUGGUACCAUAGCAUUUACUUGUAUGCAGUGAGAGUGAUUGGUGGCAUAGCAUUUAUUAGGGUACAUCAAUAACUUCCUGUUCAUAUGCUUCUAGGCUACCUAAUACUUCUGUGUAACUACUAAAUCCCAACUAGAAAUACAGUAGCAGAAGCAUAUCUCUAUUCCUCUGGUGUUGGUGGAUCUUAGAGAGUUUGAGUUGGUCACAAAACAUCCAAUAGUCUGUUGACAAAAGAAUCCGAUUGUGUAAUUUGGACACUGACCCUUCUUUAGUUGCUGUGCAAUUCACUUGCGAGAGGGCACCUUUUGGUAUAUGGUUAUCCUUAUCCCCUCUUCUGGGCUUAUCGUUACAUGCAUGUAAAUCCUUUGCUGAAAUCGAGGAUAAACUUAAUGUUACUUGAUUAGUUUAUUGAUGUACUGCUAAUUGAAAAGGGUAAAAUUUUAUAAUAUUCUAUGACCUGAAUCAUAGCCGAUGAGAAUGAUGACAAACACCUCCAUGUUAUCUUCUCUUCCUCUCGUGCUUCUCUCAAACUCAUCCUCAUCUCUCUCGUUUCAUGCAUUUUGUGAAGCUGGUGUCACCAUAAAUAUUUUCUUGUUUAGUUUUUUGUUGUGUUUUCUCUUAUGGUUUCUCAUUUGUUUUCUCACAAACAAAUGGUUCGCCACUUAUUGUGGUAAUUAAUAUUGUACAUAUGGUGCUACUAGUACUAGUGAUUUCGGAAACUGGACAUUUUAGUAGUGUUUACUUUUAUGUUGUGUCGAUUUAAAUUAUGCAGGAUAUUGACGUAAUUCAAUUUUUUAAUGUGAAAUUUUUUGUUUAGUCUCUUCCUUAGUACUAAGAUUUUGUAUCAAACUUAAGAGUGAUGCAUGUCAAAACUGAGUGUUGCUUUCCUUAUCCGUCUCAUUAAAAUAUUUUGUUUCUUGCAGGUUGAUUUCCAGGGGAUUUAUUUUGUUAUAUUGGUAGAGUUAACUUGAGAGAAGGUUUUGGAAAAUGCUACUAGAUGAAGAAGAUUUUGGGAAGUGCUAGAAUGCAUCUUUGGGAAACCUACCUUAACUACUAUUGACUAGUCAAUGCUCCAUUAGUUCCUUAAUUCAGUGUGUUAAUUUGAUAAUAAAAAAAUUAGUUUGAAAAAUAUGUUAAACAAGAAUGCAUAGGUAAUUGUUGUCUGUAAUGCUACUUACUUUAUUUUUGUAUGCCAGAACAGAGAUCAUGAUGUCAUGUGUUGUAAUUAGUUGAUCUCAAGUUGUUGGAAAAGCGCUUACCUCCAAUGGUUGAAGCUUUAGCACUCAUGAAUGCUAUUUCAGAAUGCAAACAACGAUGUUUGUAUAAGUAGGGAUGGAACUGAGCCAAUCUGCUCGCCUCCUAUUUGGUGCUUGGUUUGCAAAAAGCUCGUUCAAUAAUCUUAUUAGACUCGUAAAGUUCGUGUGUCACCUGGACUAGUUGGAUUGUUGAUCUCAACUCGUGAGCUAGUUCGUUUUGAGUUUUGAGAUGGCCCGACAAUAUAUUUAGCAAGCCAUCUUAACUAACAACUUAUGAGCGAAUUGAUUAUUAGAUUAUUAUUGGUUUGUUGAUAAUUUAUUAGGUUUGUUAGAUUAUGUCUCAUUUUCUAAGAAUUUGAACACAUGUUCAAAUAUGUCACAUUUAUAGUUUAAUAAAGAAAUCAUGUAUAAUAAAUUUCUCGUAUGCUAAUUAGUCUUAAAUUACAUUAUAUGAACAAACGAAAAAUUAUGAUCUAAAUGAUAUAAUACUUAAGCUUGAGUCGAUCUUGCGAACUAAUAAAUGGGCCUAGUUCGAGUGAAACUUCUCGAGUCGAGUUCAAGUCAAACACAAGUAAAUAUUUUAGUAAAGGGUUAUAGGUAUAAUAUGCCAAUCUACUAUGACGUUCUGUCAAACAUGCCCCUCUACUAUUUCUUACAUCAAACAUGCCCCCUGUACUUUGACAAAAUGAUCAAACAUGUUCUGUUAAAAUUUUGAUUGAAAUAAUCGUCAAUCAUGGUUGAAUCGAUAUUUAGACGACCCGACAUCGGCAAAUGGGAGGAAAAAUGAUAGUUUUGUCCCCCCGUUUUAUUCCUCUAGGUCUUUUCAAAGUGAAAGUAUUUGAAUUAUUUGGCUAUACAAAAUAAAUUCUAAAGUGAAAUUAUUAAGGAUAUUUUAGACAUUUGUGUCGCCCAAACCAAAGUUCGGCCUUGGUUAAUGGUUUUUGGAUGAAAAUUUUAACAAAAAGACAUGUUUGAUCAUUUUUACAAAGUACAGGGGCAUAUUUGAUGCAUAAAGAAGUAGAGGGGCAUGUUUGAUAAAACGUCAUAGUAGAA